AUGUCUGCCGCUGCUGCACCCGGCGCUGUUGACCAGCUUGCCGCCGACCUCGGCAACACCUCUCUUAACGGUGGUGAUGCUAAACCUACUGCCAUCAAUACCAAUGUCGCCCCUGACGCCCAGGGCGAUGAGGGUGAUGCCGCUGGUGCCACGCCCAGCUCUGCUCAGACCCCUCAUCCUGCCGCUUCCGCCUCUCUCUACGUUGGCGAACUUGACCCCUCUGUCACUGAGGCUAUGCUUUUCGAGUUGUUCUCUCAGAUAGGUUCUGUUGCCUCGAUUCGUGUUUGCCGCGAUGCAGUUACUCGCCGCUCCCUCGGCUAUGCCUACGUCAAUUACAACACAACCGCGGAUGGCGAACGCGCCCUCGAGGAGUUGAACUACACCCAGAUCAAGGGUCGCCCUUGCCGCAUUAUGUGGUCUCAACGUGACCCUAACCUGCGCAAGAGCGGACAGGGUAACAUCUUCAUCAAGAACCUCGAUGCCGCCAUCGACAACAAGGCUCUCCACGACACCUUUGCUGCUUUCGGCAACAUCCUCAGUUGCAAAGUCGCUCAGGAUGAGCAGGGCAACUCUAAGGGAUACGGUUUCGUGCAUUACGAGACUGACGAAGCCGCUGCCCAGGCUAUCAAGCACGUUAACGGAAUGUUGCUCAACGAGAAGAAGGUCUACGUUGGCCACCACAUUCCCAAGAAGGACCGCCAGAGCAAGUUCGAAGAGAUGAAGGCUAACUUCACCAAUGUCUACGUCAAGAACAUUCAUCCUGACGUUACCGAUGAUGAAUUCCGAGAGCUGUUCGAGAAGUACGGCGAUGUAACCUCGUCCUCCUUGGCCCGCGACCAAGAGGGCAAGUCCCGUGGUUUCGGCUUUGUGAACUUUACCACCCAUGAAAGCGCUGCUAAGGCGGUCGAGGAGUUGAACAACAAUGAUUUCCAUGGACAGGAUCUUUACGUCGGUCGCGCCCAGAAGAAACACGAACGUGAGGAGGAGCUGCGCAAAUCCUACGAAGCCGCCCGCCAGGAGAAGGCCAACAAGUAUCAAGGUGUCAACCUUUAUAUUAAGAACCUAGAUGACGAAGUCGAUGACGACAAGUUGCGCCAGAUGUUUUCAGAAUUCGGCCCCAUUACCUCGGCGAAGGUGAUGCGCGACAGUAUUAGUGAGUCUGACGAUGACAACAAGGAAGGAAAGGACAAGGAGAACCAGAAGGAUUCUGGAGACGAGGAGAAGGACGAGGGCGAGAAGAAGGACAAGAAGUCCGACAAGAAACUUGGGAAGAGCAAGGGCUUCGGUUUUGUGUGCUUCGCCAACCCCGACGAUGCAACAAAAGCCGUGGGUGACAUGAACCAACGCAUGAUCAACAACAAGCCGCUGUACGUCGCGCUCGCCCAGCGAAAGGAUGUUCGUAAGAGCCAGCUUGAGGCUAGUAUCCAAGCUCGCAACCAACUCCGAAUGCAGCAAGCUGCGGCGGCGGCGGGUAUGCCUCAGCAGUUCAUACAACCUCCUGUCUUUUAUCCUCCUGGCCAGCAACCAGGCUUCCCUCCUCAGGGUGGCCGAGGUAUGCCCUUCCCUGGAAUGGGUAUGCCGGGUGCUCAGGGUGGUCGUCCUGGCCAGUUUAACCCCAACGCCUACCCAGGUCCUCAAAGUGGCCGGGGCGGUCCUAUGCCACAACUUCCUCCUAGCAUGUAUUUGCCUGGACAGUUCCCUGGUGGUGCUCCGUACGGCUCGCCUGGCAACCCGCAGUUUAUGGCUGCGAUGGCUCAGGUACAGCAGGCUACUCUCGGAGGUGGUCGAGGUGUUCCGGGUGGCCGCGGACCUAUCCAAGGAAUGCCCGCCAACUUGGGCAUGCCGGGCGGCCCGGGUGGAAUUCCCGGUUACCCCCCCAACUCGCGCCAGGGCGGCCCUGCAGGCCGCGGUGGAGUGAACCAGCGAAAUGGCCAGGGAGGACAAUUCCCUCCCCAGGGCGGACGAGGCGCUCCUAACCAGCAGGUCGGCAACACCCCCAACUUACAGCAGGAUCUGACUCCUACCUCGCUUCUGCACUCACAGCUGCAGUCUCACUCUAGCAACCCCCAGCAGCAAAAGCAGAUGCUUGGUGAACUCAUCUUCCCUAAGAUUUCGGCUAUCCAGCCCGAGCUCGCGGGCAAAAUCACGGGUAUGCUUUUGGAAAUGGACAACUCUGAGCUUGUCAACCUUAUUGAGGAUGACAGCGCACUGAGGGCCAAGGUUGAAGAGGCCAUGGCCGUCUACGAUGAGUACGUGAAGGCUCAAGUUGGUUCUGAUUCCGAUGCUGGGAAGAAAGAUGACAAGGUCGAGGAGAAGGCAUAA